CGUGCUAAGAACAGUGACGUUCAGUUUAUAACCUGCAAUAACGAAGUACCGGAUUUUGAUAUUUAUUUCGGUCUGGUUGGCAUUUAUCUUUGAUGUGAUAUUUAUGGGUUUAAAUUUUUGAAUUAAAGAAAGGUAUCUACUUUUAAAAGAUUAGUUUUUAUUCGAUUUGAAAUAAUUAUUGCCUUUAUAGGUUAUAAUAUAUUAGGUGUGUUUAAUCGUGUAACCUAACAUGUGCGUGUUUAUGUAUGCCGAAGCGUGAAAUAUUUUAAAUAAAUAUGUGAUACAUUCCAAAACAAUUUUAUUAAUAUAUAAACAAAUAUAAAACAUUUAAUGUACUCUAGCAAAGGUUUUUUGCGAACAGAAAAAGAAUUUGAAUUUUUAUCAAGAAUCAACCACAUGAUCUACCAUUUCAAGGUGUUUGUAUUCGUAGUAUAUACAUACGUCGUUUCGAUGCGGUUUAUUUUUGAUUGUGUAAUGGAAAGGGUCAAAUAGUCGUGGCCCUUCAAUAAAAGAUGGACACGAUCGACUGUCAACGUGAUAUAUCACGCGGUAUUUGUGAAGACAAUCUCUUUGCUGAUUGGUAGAACGAGAAAAAUACAUCUGCGUUCGAUUUGGCGAUUCCAGUGCAAAAGAAAAUCAACAUACAAGUAAUAUGGAGGUCAAUACAGUAGAAGUUCAAGAGGAGUGGAAAAGUAAAUCUCAUGGGAAAUUUUUUCGGAAAUUAGUGAAAAAACGAAUACCGAUUUUGAAAUGGUUGCCUAAUUAUAAUUCGGAAAAAUUUUUCAAUGAUGCGAUCGCUGGUGUCACUGUUGGACUCACCGUGAUGCCACAAGGAUUAGCUUAUGCGACUCUAGCCGGUUUGGAACCUCAGUAUGGACUCUAUUCCGCUUUUAUCGGUGCUAUAGUUUACGUCAUAUUUGGCUCUUGUAAAGAUAUUACGAUCGGUCCGACAGCACUGAUGGCUUUAAUGACCCAUGAAUAUGUUCAAGGAAGAAGUCCUGAUUUUGCCGUUCUUCUUGCAUUUUUAACUGGAUGUUUACAAUUACUAAUGGCCUGCUUGCAUUUAGGUGUCUUAAUUGAUUUUAUAUCCGUACCAGUGACCGUAGGGUUCACAUCGGCAACAUCUGUUAUAAUAGUGGCUUCCCAACUAAAAGGUCUUUUAGGAUUAAGAAUCACAUCCCUAGGAUUCUUGGAUACUUUGAUAAAAGUCUUUCAAAAUAUUCACCACAUAAGUCCUUGGGACAGUGUGAUGAGUUUCACCUGUAUUAUCAUUCUUUUAUCAUUUAGGAAAAUGAAGGACAUCAAAUUAUGUUCCGAUGAAAAAAAAGCAUCAACCUAUCAACGGAUACUGUCUAAAACAAUAUGGAUGCUUUCAACAGCACGAAAUGCUAUUAUCGUCAUUAUUUGUUCAGUAAUUGCUUACAACAUGAACACGUCCGAGUCUAAUAAUCCUUUUAUUCUAACUGGUAAAGUACGAUCCGGUCUUCCAUCGUUCGGUCCACCGCCAUUCUCAACUCAAGUUAACAAUCAUACCAUCGGCUUUAUGGAAAUGUGUUCAGAAUUAGGAACGUCCAUAGUAUUAGUUCCAAUUAUCGGAGUACUCGGCAAUGUAGCAAUUGCGAAAGCAUUCGCCAAUGGCGGCAAAAUUGAUGCCACGCAGGAACUUCUUACCUUGGGAAUUUGUAAUCUUCUUGGAUCCUGCGCCAGUGCAAUGCCCGUUACAGGUUCCUUUAGUAGAUCUGCGGUGAAUCAUGCUAGUGGUGUAAAAACACCGAUGGGUGGUUUGUACACUGGCGUACUGAUUUUGAUGGCUCUUAGUCUUCUCACUCCAUAUUUCUACUUUAUUCCAAAGGCAUCAUUAGCUGCAGUAAUUAUUUGUGCCGUUAUAUACAUGAUUGAGUACGAGGUCGUAAAGCUCAUGUGGAAAUCUAGCAAGAAAGAUCUCAUACCGAUGUUUGUUACUUUCCUUUUUUGCCUCAUUAUAGGAGUGGAAUAUGGAAUUUUAUUGGGCGUUGGUACUAAUUUGAUAUUUUUGUUAUAUCCAUCUGCACGACCAACUGUACACGUAGAUAAGUGUACCACUGACUCUGGAGCAGAAUAUCUUUUAAUUACUCCAGGAAAUAGCUUAUAUUUUCCUGCUGUAGAUUUUAUUAAACAAUCUGUUGGUGAUGCAGGAGUGAAGGAAGGUUCUAGUCAAUUGCCAGUAGUCGUUGAUUGUAGAUAUGUUCUAGGUGCAGAUUUUACAGCUGCUAAGGGUAUAGCUACGCUAAUUAGCGAAUUUAAUAAUCGUAAGCAAAGCCUAUAUUUUUUUAAUCCACGAUCAGAUGUUGUGACCGUACUAAAAGGUGCUUGCGGUGAAGAUUUUCAGUAUAUAUCUACUCAAGAAGAACUUUCGUACUUAUUGUCGACAAGUCAAGAUAAAUCAUCCCGACAAUUAUUAGAAAUAUCUAGAGAUAAAAGUAAUGAGCCAUUAUUGUUAAAUAAUUUAGGAAUUGUUCAUAGAAGUAAUCGAUCAUCAGCUCACGAGUUAAGUGAAGUUACAAGCACCCUAUUACAUGCUACGGCUAGUUGAAAUAUAAUUAUUUCAUAUAUAUGACAAUUA